CGACACUUCACAGCACGUGGAUUACGUCAGUUAAAGACAUCGAGUGGCGUUGAUGAGUUCACGUUGGCGUGCUUGAUCACGUCGAUAACGUCGUUCUAUCUAAUCGCAAGCGAUAACGCGCAUAUGCUGGCGAAUGCAAUUCUUACCAUCAUUCCGUUAUUACUCACCUAUUUGUAUCCCGAUGAAACACCACCUGUACCACAAUUGCUCAUUUAUUGGGGUGCAUUUUCAAUGUUGACUUUAUUGGAUCCAUCCUAUCACAGUGUACGAGGAUAUUAUUUCGUGAAAGUGGUUCUGUUAUCUCUUUUAUUCCUAAGACCAUUCGAUGGCGCUGAAUGGAUUGCGCGACAUAUACAAUUACUUCAAUUGCAACGGAUGCCCAGUGAUGAGAUAACAAAAAGUCAACGAUUACACGGUGACAUUUUCACAAAGGAUGAAAUUCAAGUGAUGGAGCGUGCAUCUGUCGGUAGAAAGUCGCCGCCACCCGAACCACCAGAACUACGAUUUUCGCAUGAGGUGAUAAGAAUAGCUCCAAUUAGCGAUGCAAAUCGUUCAGGAAAAGGUAAUUUCAUUGAAAAAGGUGAUGCACUAAGAAGAUCAUCGAACGCCGAUAACUUAUCUCAUGAGAUGGCAGCAGCUUCGUCGAGCAGUACAAGUUUUAUCGACUCAAUAGAUGCACAUGAUUUGGAAUUCAAACCAACAUACUUCCUUGUAUUCAAUGGACCGUUCACUGACAACAAUCUCAGUUGUAACAUACAAAUUCGUAACACGUGUACAAGAACGAUAGCAUUCGCCGUGAAAACGAAUGCGCUCGAACGAAUUUCCGCACAACCACCAUCUGGAAUCAUAAAGCCACAGCAAACGCUUCAUGUGGCCAUCACACUUAAGCAAUUCAAGUACAGUGCAUCUGAAGCUGAAAGAAUGACCAGAGAUCGAGUUAAAUUCGAAUACGUUUACUGCCCACCUGAAACGACAGAAUUCUCCCACAAGCUACUUCAACAGACUGGAACAGGUGACAUAAGACGCAAUAAGAACAUUUAUAUACGAUACAAUCCGUGA